GCUGACAUCACCGAUCCCCUUUGACUCUCCCUCUCCUCUCCAUAAACCAUCCUCUCGCUGUCCCAUCCCACCUCCACCUUCAGCUUCAACCCUCACUCUCUCUCUCUCUCUCUCUAAAACUAUUCUCUUUCUCUCUCUAUAUCGCUCCGUCCGCAAUCUCUCUCUCUAAAAAUGUUGAGAGAUGACCUGUACAUCACUGUCCCGAGCUUCUUCAGGUGCCCGAUUUCUCUCGACGUGAUGAAAUCCCCGGUGAGUCUCUGUACCGGUGUCACAUACGACCGGUCGAGCAUCCAACGGUGGCUCGACGGCGGCAACAACACGUGUCCGGCCACGAUGCAGGUUCUCAAAACCACCGACUUCGUCCCUAACCACACCCUCCAACGUCUCAUUCAGAUCUGGUCCAACUCGAUUCCGACCAGGUCCGAGUCAGACUCGCUCCCUUCACUCACCCAAGACCAAGCUCGAGAUCUCAUCAAACAAAUACACAACCAUCAGAACCAAAAUGAAUAUAUAUCCAAACUCACCUCCUUCGCCGCCGUCUCCGACGAGAACCGCCGCUUUCUGGCGGCGAACGACGGCUUCGUGCACCUCCUCAUCGAAAUUCUCUGCGGCAGUGUGCCUAAACACGUCAAGUUCGCUGAAGAAGCAGUUAGAAUUCUUGACAUUAUCAUAGACAAAUACAAAGAUAGAGAAAAAUUAACGAAGUUGAUGAUUAGUAAAGACUGUAUGAGUUCAAUGCUGGUUUUACUGCAAAGAGGAAGCCUGAGCUCGAGAAUUGCGACGGCUAGGGUUUUGGAGGCCAUUUCGACCGACGCAGAUUCCAAGUUAUACAUCGCCGAACACAACGAUGUUCUCUCGGAAUUAAUCACUCUAGCGAGUUCCGAGUCAGAUCCGGAAGCUAUCGACGCCGGUUUGUCUACCUUGAUCUGUGUAUCUUCGCCGAAACGGAUCAGAAUCAGAAUCGUCCGGCUCGGAGCUGUGAAGAGAUUCGGAAAAUUGUUAUCGGAAUCGAACCUGAGCGUUUCGGCCAUCGAAAAGAUUCUGAAGAUUCUUGAAAUUUUGUCGUCGAGUAGAGAAGGGAGAGCGGAGAUGUGCGAGGACGAGACGUGCGUUCCGGCUAUUGCGAAGAAGGUGUUGAAGGUGUCGAGUGGUGCGACGGAGCACGCGGUGACGAUACUGUGGGGUUUGUGUUGCCUGUUUCGCGAUCGGAAGGCGUUGGAGGCGGUGGCGAAGAGCGGUGGCCCGACGAAGAUACUGUUGCUGAUGCAGAGUGAGUGCUCGCCGGCGGUCCGGCAUUUGGCCGGAGAUUUGUUGAAGAUGUUUAGGGUGAACUCCAAGUGUUGUGUCUCAUCAAGUUAUGAUACCAAGACAACUCAUAUUAUGCCUUUCUGAUGAUCACUGUAAAUUGUAUCACCAAUUUUUUCAACAGAUAUAAGAGAGAAAUUCAUUUGAUUUUCUUUA